AUGCAUAAUAGUAGAGAUACUUCUUCUUCUGAUCAAUAAAGUAUAGCCUAAUAAGAUGAUUAUUUAUAGAAUACAAGUCAGUUAAGAACAGAAUAUAAUUUGAAGUAUUUAAUUUUUUCAAUCUGCUUAGGCUCAUUAGAAAUAGGAUAUUGUAUUACAAUUACUAAUUUAUUUUUAUAAAUCGUUGAUCAAAGCAGCUAUUCUGAUGAUAAAAAAUAUUUAAUAAACUCCUCUUUUUCGGGUAUGGUUCCUUUAGGAGGUUGUAUAGGAUGUUUAAUUAUCAUUAGUAAAGUGUUUAGGAUAGGAAGAAGAAUUAUUUUGAUAUUUGCUGAUUUUAUUUAGAUAGCUGGAUGCUUAAUAAGUAUACUUAUAAUUUGUUGUAGUGAUGAACAUGUUUCAGAUUCUCGCAUCAUGAUAGGAAUGUUUUUUAUCGGAUUGUCUGUUGGAAUUAACUCUACAAUAAUCCCUGUUUAUUUAUUAGAAUAUGCACCUUGCUUUUCUGGAACAGGAAGAGUAAUAAUAACCCAUCAUUUUUUUGUAAUUUUAGGAAUAGCUAUUUCAUUUGUGUGGGGAGUCUUUAUUAAACAAGAAUAGAAUGAAGAUUCUAGUAUGCCUAAUUAUACACUUAUAGGAGAAAUUUUUUAUAUUUUACCAAUAGCGCUAUCUUCGAUAAGAUUAAUUUUGCUUUUUUUUGUUUUUAAAAAAGACACACCAUUUUUUUAUCUUUAAAAAAACCUGAAAGAAAAAGCUAGAAAAAUUAUUUCAUUAUUUUAUGUUGAAUAGUAGGCUGAUAAAAUUCUUGAAAUCUUCGAAAUUAAGUAAGCAAGGUAGAUGGAAGGUAGUACAAAACUUAAAGAUAUGAUAUAACCAAGAUAUUUAAGAAGAGUAUUGAUUUCAUGCCUUAUGAAUUUUUUUUGUUAUUUCAGUGGUGUAUUCUUUUUCCUCUUUUAUUCCUGUAAAGCCUUAGAUUCUUACAGUAAUGAUAAGUUUAUUAGCUAAUAUAGAACUCUUAUAAUUGGGGCUGUAUUACUCUUUACAUAAGUUUUUUAAAUUCCAUUUGCAAAAUUGAUGGGAAGGAAAACUAUAUUACUUAUUGGUUAAAUUUGUUAUAUAAUUGGUUUUAUAGGUCUAUCAUCGACUUCUGAACUUGAAUAUUCAUCUAAGCUUAACAUAAUAACUCUCUUUAUGUGUAUUGUUUGUAUUGGAUUUUGCUUUUAGUCAUCUGUUAUCCCUGUUAUAAUUAAUGAAAUAUUACCAGAAAGAGGAGUUGCUGCUGUAAAUUUUAUCUCUUUGGUUUCAAUCUUAAUAGGAGCGAUAACUUAUCCCUCUUUGCUUAAUUAAGAUGCUUAAUUUAUCUUUUAUUUAAGUUCUCUUGUUUUUAAUAUAGCAGGAUUUAUGCUAUUAUAUUAUUUUGUUAAAGAAACUAGAGGUUUAACUAAUUAUUAAAUUGAAAAAAUAUUCACCUCUAAUUUUCAUGGAUAAAUAAAAGAUUAAGAUGAUUCAGAUGAUUAAUCUAGGAAUCUUGUAAAUUUAUCAUGUUGA